UGUUAGUGCAAGACGUACCCUGAAGGGAAGUAGCAGCACGGCGAGUACCCUCAAGGGAAGUACCAGCAGCGAGUACCCUCAAGGGAAGUACCAGCACCUAGUACCCUCAAGGGAAGUAGCAGGAGCGAGUACCAACAAGGGAAGUAACCGUGACAAGUACAGUACUGCUGCCGUGUCAAGAAGAACUUGCAAUAAUGUGUUCAGUGACUUGGAAGACGAUGAUGGUGCUGAUGCUUCUGGUGCUGGGGAUAUCUAGCAGGGAUCCGUGCCCCCGCUUCUGUUCAGAUCAUCCUAAUUUGCAAGUCUGUGGUUCAGACCACAAAACUUAUGGAAACGAGUGCAAGCUGAAUCAAGCCGCUUGUAAGAACCACCUCCUGAAGAAGAUGUACAACGGCUCUUGUAAGCCAAAUACCCAUUGUCACGACGUCUGCUCUUUACUGUACAACCCUGUGUGUGGGAGUGACAGGAAGACCUACGGCAACGCUUGCUCCCUGGGCGUCGCGUCUUGCAAGAACCCCGACCUCCACCUCAACAUUGUCCACAUGAGCUACUGCUAUCCUUUCAUAUAUGGCGGACACAGGAGGAUUUGCCCCGACUGUGACAUCACUGCAGCCGACCCAAGACAUCACAAACAUCGUCGCUUUUGAUGUACGGUGAAGACCAGACGUCAAUAUUUAUGAUGCAGUCUGCUUUGUUGUUGCCAGUGACCAUGUGAAUUUUUUCAGCAUAAAUUUUUUGUCAAUAUAAUUGGAAUAAAAGCUGCAGUACCGUG